AUGCUGCGCUCGGCUGAUGGGCUCGUGCUGCUGAUGGAGCCCGCCAAGCUCAGCCCCCUCAUCCGGGAUGUCUAUGCGGCCUCCGGCCGCGUCCAGCAGGCUCCGGGCGCCGGCUCAGCGCGGAGGGGCAGCGGCUGCCGGGAGCUCAUGGUCCGGCUGACGGAGGGGCAGUACGUGCUGUGCCGCUGGACCGACGGGCUCUACUACCUGGGCAAGAUCAAGAGGGUGAGUGGCUCCAAGCAGAGCUGCCUCGUCACGUUUGAGGACAACUCCAAGUACUGGGUCCUCUGGAAGGACAUCCAGCAUGCCGGUGUCCCCGGGGAGGAGCCCAAGUGCAGCAUCUGCCUGGGGAAGACGUCUGGCCCCAGGAACGAAAUCCUCAUCUGCGGGAAGUGCGGGCUGGGUUAUCACCAGCAGUGCCACAUCCCGGUGGCGAGCGGCAGCGAGGGCCCCCUGGGGACGCCGUGGUUCUGCCGCCGCUGCAUCUUCGCCCUGGCCGUGCGGAAAGGGGGUGCCCUGAAGAAGGGAGCCAUUGCCAGGACGCUGCAAGCUGUGAAGAUGGUGCUGUCCUACAACCCCGAGCUGCUGGAGUGGGACUCCCCUCACCGGACCAACCAGCAGCAGUGCUACUGCUACUGCGGGGGCCCCGGAGAGUGGUACCUGAAGAUGCUGCAGUGCUACCGCUGCCGGCAAUGGUUCCACGAAGCCUGUACCCAGUGCCUCAGUGACCCCAUGAUGUUCGGAGACCGGUUCUACGUGUUUUUCUGCUCCGUGUGUAACCAGGGACCUGAGUACAUCAAGCGCCUGCCCUUGAGAUGGGUGGAUGUCGUCCAUCUCGCCCUCUACAACCUGGGUGUGCAGAGCAAGAAGAAGUACUUUGACUUUGAGGAGAUUUUGGCCUUCGUGAACCACCACUGGGAUCCGCUGCAGCUCGGGAAGCUCACGGGCACCCCCGUGUCGGAGCGUGGCCCCCACCUCCUCAACGCCCUCAACAGCUACAAGAGCAGGUUUCUGUGCGGGAAGGAGAUCAAAAAGAAGAAAUGCAUCUUCCGCCUGCGGAUCCGCGUCCCGCCGAACCCCCCCACCAAGGUGCUGCCGGAGAAGGGCCCCGGCGAGGGCGAGGGCGGCUCCUGCGAGCUGAAGAAGAGGGGGAAAAGCAGAUGUGUCCACAAGGAUGGGCUGCAGCAGCACAAGCGGCGAGCGGCGAAGCGCAAGAGGGCCAAGUUCCUGCUGGAGGACGCCAUUCCCAGCAGUGACUUCACCUCUGCCUGGAGCACCAACCACCACCUGGCCAGCAUCUUCGACUUCACGCUGGAUGAGAUCCAGAGCCUGAAAAGUGCCAGCUCAGGACAGACAUUCCUAUCAGACGUGGACUCCACGGAUGCCGCCAGCACCUCAGGCUCGGCCACCACGAGCCUCUCCUAUGAGUCCAGCCAGAGGACCGUGGGCAGCCGCAAGCGCAAGCUGGCAGUGCCAGCGUACGGCUCGGCGGGGGCGAAGCGCAGGGGAGGGGACGGGGGCGGGCGCCCGGCCCUGGGCACCCCCGAGGGCAGCGAGGCCCCGGGCGGCCCCGAGCGCCCCGACGACGGCAUCGACAGCCACACCUUCGAGAGCAUCAGCGAGGACGACUCGUCGCUCUCCCACCUCAAGUCGUCCAUCAGCAGCUACUUCGGGGCCGCGGGCCGCCUGGUCUGCGGGGAGAAGUACCAGGUGCUGGCGCGGCGGGUGACGCUGGAGGGGAAGGUGCAGUACCUGGUGGAGUGGGAAGGCACGACCCCCUACUGAGCCCUGCCUGGCCCUGAGACCUCUCCCGGAGCCAAGCCAGAGGAGAUCAGGGUGAUGGGGAAGCCCUGGCCUCGAGGCAGAGGAGGGUGCUGGUUUCCCCCCACCAGGAGCCUCUGCGGGUGGAGGCAGCGCCCAUGCUGGCACCGCCGGUGGUGCUGCCCAGGAAUGGAACUUGAAGCCUUGACACUCUUUUUUUUUUUUUUUUUUUAAUUUUAACAAUUUUUAGUUUCUUGGCCAGUUGUUUUCCUGGCUGUGAGUGUGGCCCAGCCACACUCUCCUGGUGGAGCUUUUGGCUGAGCCCAAGGCACCAUCACGGUGGUGGUAAGAGCAGUGGGUGGCUCUGGCCCUUCCAGAAGGGUCCCCCUGGCACAGCUGGGGAAGCCACUUCGGGGGACACCCCACAACCUGCUCGCACAGAUGGACAUCAAAGCCUGACUUAUCCCUGUGUCCCAGCCUUACAGAGCAGCCUUGAGGGGGUCCUGGUGCCAAAGCACAAAGCCCCCCCUCACCCCAGUGCUUUCACAGCCCCUCACUGUGCCUAUGGGAAAUGAGGGGUGACCCUUGGGGUUUUCUGCCUCAUCCUAAAUCCAUUUGUUAAAGGAAUAUAGUUUUAAAUGAGGGGAGUAAACAGCCCACAUGUAGCUUUCAUGCCCCCAGGGCAGGCAUAGGUGGCUGCUCUCAUCUCACAACCCGGACUGCCUGUGAUGCUGCACCAGCUUCAUUUCCCUGUUCUGACAAUCAUGAGCCUGGAAGAGAUUGGCCAAAACAUCCUCCUUUGCCUUAAAGCCACCACGGGCACUUCACAGACUGGAGCCCGAGGCCUUUGUUCUCACAGGAGCCUUCACCCUGAAUGUGCCAAACCAGCAGACAAACCAAAAAGGCUGAAGAGGACAGUGGGGACAUGUGGAGGGGGUUGUGCCAGUGCCUCACUGGAGAGCAGUUGAUGUUUGUGAACACGUGGGGUUGAUUUGUCUGCAGGAGAGAAGGAGCAGUCCCCUCCUCUAACAAAGCAAUACUGCCAGGUUGGGCAGGAGCAAAGCAGUUGGCUUUUUAAAAAAGAUUCUAAUAUCAGAUAUAUUUGUUAGAUUUUUUUUUUCUUAAGAGAUAUAUAUAUAUAUAUUUUUAAUGUUGUCCUCCUCGUCUCUCCGCCAUCCCACCAUGGCUGUCCCAUGGGAUGGAGGGUGGGUGAUGCAGGGUGGGCUGGGUGCUCUUGCUCCAUCAGCAGAUCCUGUCCUGCAGCCCCAUCACUGUCCAUGCCUGUGCUUGUGGGAUCUGCUGACCAGAGGGUGAAUUGAAAAGGUUGUUUUACUGAAAAAGUAUGUAAAAAAAUUCCUCAGUGUAGUUGGCAUGAGAGGCCAGGCGGCCUUUGCAAACCAGAGGCCAAAGUGUGGUCCUUGAAAGUAAACUUCUGCUGCAGCUACUGCUGAAAUAACAUAGUGGGAUACCCGUGCUGUGGUGCAGCAGCUUCUCUGCAGCCUGGGAUGUGGUUUGGGCCAGGCAGGAGCUGGUUCAGUGCCUGGAGAAGGAGCCUGAGUGUCUGGCUCUGGGUCAAAGCAUUGUCACUCCUUCCUUGGGGCUGCCCAGGGCCGUGUGCCCGGUGCUGUGCUUGGGGGAGAAGCUGUUGGCCCCUUGUGCAGGGACAGGUUUGGGAGAGGAGGUUCUGUGCAGCUCCCAGCCAUGGGAUGGUUUGGGCUGAGGGGUCAGAUGUGCCUUGGGGAGCAGAGCUUGGCACCCUCAGGGUCUGCAUCCCGGCUCAUCCAGAGGGGACCAUCUCCGGAGGGACCCCGUCCUUUAGGGAUAUGUGUUACCAGGACCCCCAUCCCUGGCAGGGAGGGGUCCAGCAGCUGGAUCACUCCCGGUCCUGCCUUGGCUUUGUCACCAAAGGAUCACUUAAAAUAUUUCCCUUCCUCGAGUGCCUCUGGAGCCCUGUGCCUGUGGAGCCCCUGCCAAGGGCUGUGCCAGGGCCGAGCAGGGUCAUUCCUGCGGGAUGUGCCAAUGGGCAUCACAGUCAUGGCAGCACCCACAAGAUGUGGCUCUGGUUCCUCCCUGUUCCUUCUCAUUCCCUCCUGGCUUCUUGCAGAGAAUUGAAUGUGGAGCCUUUAAAAGUAUUUUUGUUGCAGAGUAUAUUUUGCAUUCGCUGUAAUAGAGAUUAUAACGACUCUGUGCACCUUCUGAUUUCUGAGUUCAGGUUGCUGCUUGUAAUAACCAACUCUCGUUAUACCCAAGUUGUAAUUAAUAUGUCUGAUGUUCUGAUGUACAAUUAAAAAGUCCUUUUUUUUUUUUUACAACACUUUUAUUUU